UGUGUGUGUGUGUGAGAGAGGAGGAGGAGGAACUACUGGAGGAAAAAAAAAGUUAAAGUAAAAAUGGCUUCCUUGUCUUUGGAGUCUACAGAACAAUCUGAGAACAGCCCAGAGGAGCCAACGGCAACGGAGUCCAAAGAAGAGAACGAAACGGUGCAAAUUUCGGAACACCUACUCCAAAGUUUCCAAAAGUCGGCUCUGAGUUUUUCCACUGACCAAGUAGCAUGUCUCUGCGAGGCCCUUCUGCAGGCGGGCAAUGUGGAUCGCCUGUGGAGGUUUCUAUCCACCAUACCUCCUUCGUCCGAUCUGCUACGUGGCAACGAGACCCUGCUGAAGGCCCAGGCACUGGUGGCUUUCCACCGGGAGGAGUUCAAGGAGCUGUACGCCAUCCUGGAGAGCUACGACUUCCACCCGUCUAACCAUGGGUUCCUGCAGGACCUGUACCUGAAAGCCCGCUACAAGGAGGCGGAGAGGUCCCGGGGCCGCAGCCUGGGCGCAGUGGACAAGUACCGGCUCAGGAAGAAGUUCCCCCUGCCCAAAACUAUCUGGGACGGAGAGGAGACCGUGUACUGUUUCAAAGAAAAGUCCCGAAAUGCCCUGAAAGAGUGCUAUAAGAGCAACAGGUACCCCACUCCGGACGAGAAGAAAAACCUUGCCAAAGUAACCGGACUGUCCCUCACACAGGUCAGCAACUGGUUCAAGAACCGCAGGCAGAGGGACAGGACCCCGUCCGGGACCCACAGCAAAAGUGAGUCUGAUGGAAACCACAGCACCGAGGACGAGGCGAGUCCCAUGGACGACGCCCCUGACAAACCAGAAGACGCUGCUGGCUCCACAGCUUCCAUCAUCUCUCUGUCUGCCGUCCCCAGCAGUACGGGAGGCCAGCUCAUCCUCAACGGGUCCGGUGGCUUCCUCACUGCGUCCCAGCCAUUACUACUCAAUGGAAAUUCCCUGAUCUCCAGUACGGGUGCUGGUGUCAUAAUUAAUGGGCUAAGCUUGGGCGAUUGCCAGGCAGUCACACUGAGUCCUGUUGCCACCAACUCUCCUUUGAUACUGAACGGGGCUCAGGUAAUAACCAAACCUAGUAUCAGUGUGCAGCAGCAAGCAGUUUCUAUGGCACAGCAGGAGGGUUCGGCCAUUGAGACCAAGCCGAGCAGUCUUCCAGAAGUUUUUAGUACUAACACCGCCUCCGUCUCGUACCCUCCAUCCAUCAUAUCUCUUCCUCUACAAACUAAAACAGAAAGCGCCAACGCAAUGGAUUUCAUCAGUGUCCCUGAAUCAGAGGGCGGCUGCCAGACGGUAUCUUCCUCUUCUUCAUCUUUAUCUCCCUCCUCACCAACUCUGUCUUUCCCAACCAGGCUCCCCUCAGUAGUCUUAACACAAAACACCCAACGCCACGAGUCUCUCACCCUCCCGACCUCUAUGUCUUCAGCAGGCAUGGUAUUCUCCAGUUCCGCUGUGCCUCUCUCCAGUCAGCAAGGGGAGUAUGUUUUCUUAGCCUCUGCUAGCUCCCACCUAAACCCUUCUAGCUCUGUGGUUUCCUCCAGCAGCUCCACCCCUCAGGUCUUCUCUCUGCCACAGGUUGUGCCUUCCAUCCAGGGUAUACCAGUAUCCCAGCUGGUCCAGCACUCUUCAGGGGCCCAAGUUUCCCAAUGCCCCCAGUUGGUCCCAGUAUCCCCCCUCACCUCGCCAUCUCCCCAGUUCCAAAACCAGACAGUGAACCCAAGCAACAGACUGGUGCAACAGCAGCAGGAUGCGUCAACAACUUUGCCUGAAGGGGCCACAACCAUAGUUUCUAUCUCGCAGCUUAACAACAAUCAGGUCCCACAGCGAACGGUACACCAGCUGGGCGACCCAAGCACAAACUCCACACCCAGCAAAAUCCAAGUCCCACAGGUUAUUUCCAUCUCUUCCCCGACACAAGUGGUCCCAGUCCCCCAGGCCAAAGGCACCACAGCAGCACAGUUGGUCCCCCUCUCCAUGCCUCAGCUGGUCCCGGUCUCGCCCAUCCAAACUUCUUCCACCAUCUCUUAUCCCCAAGUGGUACCUGCCAGUCCUCUCUCCAUCCCCUCUGCUGGAGUUCCCUUCCAGAUCCUGACUCCAGCUCCUGCAGGGGUCGCACAGGGUCCUCUCAGGAUAAACCAGCUGAGGCCCAUUCAGAGUGUGGGUCCCCCGACCAGUGUGGCCCCUGGUGUGCAGCUCCUCAACUCUGGGAUCAUUCAGCUGCCCUCUGCUCCUCCAGGUAACCUUCUCCUCGGGGGAAGCCCCUACCUGAGUGUCCAGCAGGGCAAGCUGAUUCUGACCAUCCCAGCAGGCAUCCAGCUAGCCAGGUUGCCGCUGAAACCAGUCCCCGAGGCUCCACCCAUCUCUCUAAAUGGAUUGAGUCCUGUUCUCAGCCCUCCGGUCGUCUCAACCACCUCAGGCCCGACCCCCAGUGGCCUCCCAUCAUCUUCCCUAAACUUCAUCAACUCGUCUCCCCCAUACUGUGCUCCAGAGACUGGGACACCGGCCGCCCCCUCCCCUCAUGCCAUCAUGGAGCAUCCAGUCACCCCUACCACGCCCAACACUUUGACUCCAGAAAGUAUGCUUACCCUCAGUCCUAUGUACAGUGGGGCGACACCCAACAUCCAGUUGUCCCAACCAGCCUGGAGCCCUGUGCCCCUCUCCACUUCCGCUAGUCUAACUCUGUUCGGCAAGGGGGACCUACCCGUAGACCCGGCUUUGUUAGGCCUACCUGGAGGAGAGUCGCUGCUUCUGGGAAGCCCUUCGCCAGAGCAGGACGUGGAAGCCAACUCGGCACUGGGGAAUCCAGAGGAGAUGGAUGGGGACUCCAAGAUUCUUACUCAGCUCCAGUCUGUCCCUGUGGAUGAUGACCUGGGCUUGUAGUUUGUUUACCUUGCUGGUCGGCAACCCAGGGUCUCUAAAAAAGAUGAAACAAACAGUAGGUGGCAGUCUCUGCUGUCUGACAAGAUUGUAUUCCACAUUGUUAAUCCUCUAAGAGCCAAAUGUUUUUUUUUUGUUUUUUUUAACAGUCGGUUCAGGUUAAGACUUGUGUACAACAAUGGUGCUCUCUCAGUGGGGCCUCAUACCAUCAUGUUUUUAGUUGGCACUUUUGAGAUAAAUCCUCCGCAGCUCUAUUUUACAUGGAUGGCCAGAGUAAUAUGGGAUAAGCGGCUCCAAAGUUUUUUCCUCAAAUCCGUAUUUGCCUUUAUCUGUUGUAUCAGAUGCAGACAGAAGAACUUACUCUGCUUAGUCUGCUUGGCCCAGCUACAGGUCCUGGUGUUUAAAAAGGAAAGACUAUAUUAUGCAAGGCGUUCUGGCUUUGUCCAUUCUCUCAGCUCUUUGCAGUGGACUACAGACCAAGAUCAGCUGUACUUGGAAAAGAAGUCUGGGUUUUUUUGCUGGUCGUAGGAGCAGUUUGUUGCGGAUCCACCGCGGUAACUAUCCAACAGACUAUCUGGCAAUGGCGUACAUUUAGAAAUAGUUGAGGUUUGUGUGCCUGCCCUGAACUCAGAGAUUAAGGAUGCAUUCUACAAACACUCCAGGAACCCAGUUAAGUUUUAUGUGAAACCAUUAUUGCAUCAUAGCUUGGGGCUAUACAGCAAUAUUUUAUUUCUUUUAAGUUACUGAAGUCUGGGCUGAAACAUGCUGCCAAACUGUGUUCACCAGUCUGUUUUGAAUGACUUUCUGCACUUUUUAAGUGUGAAUGAUGCCCUCCAUUAGUAUAAUUAUAACACAGGAAAUAAAAGGGUCUAUAAUCUAUGCAAUGCAUGUUUUAGUUCUUUAUAGGACACUAUGUGGCACAGUGGCUGAGUUAAAAAGCCAGGACACUUGGGAGAUGAGAAAAAAAGCUUUUUAAUACUGAGAUUUUAAAUGAAACCUGACACUUAAAUGUUUGCUGUGAUCCAAAAAUCUCUUUGUCGAUAUUGAUAAGUGCCUUAUAUUAAAUCUUACAGGUAUGAUGUUUAGAAAAAAAAAUCUUUUGACUUUCUACACAGUUUUAAAAGUGCUAUACACCCCAACCAAAUUUUUGGGAUUCACUUUAUGGACUUUUUUGAAUACCCAAAUUUCUUUCCGUUUGAUCUCAAAUGAAAUAUAAUGUGACACAUUUGGUUGCAUGGUCAUGGCUCAAUCUCCUCCAUUUGUAUAUUUUGCACCUUUCAUUUACACAAUGUUUACGCUGCGCUGCCGUGUUGUUACGACAGUGGUUUUGACUCAUAUUCUGUUGUGAAAUGUCCUAUCCUUUAUUAAUUGGACAUUAAUAAUCCCCACUUGACAGAACAAUUAAAUGUGUCAUAAAUUGAUGGAACAGCUCCUUCAGUUAAAAUCUAAAAAUACGCAUUGUACGGUCAUGUCAUAACACAGGUAGCGGUCAAACCUUUGGUCAAUUAUGGUACACAAAAAUACACUUUAGUGUCAAAAUCUAGUUACAAUAAUGGCCUUUGUGUUUCUUAUUUUAAAAGGUAUGUGUGUUGUUUGUCUUUUUUUAUACAUUUAAUCUAUUUAAAGCAUGUAUCAAUCAGUAAGAAAAUGAAUCCUUGUGGAAAAACGCAUACAGAAAAUGAUAUUCAUUUUCACUUGGAAGGUCACAUUGUUGUGUAUGUUUUACAAUCAUAGAAUACAGUUAUUAGUUGUUGAUUUUCAAAUCCAGCAGGUUACCCCGUUAAUAAAUGAUAAGAUUUUUUUUUUUUUUUUCCUUCUAGUGGCCUUUGGAUUGGUAUUCGUCCAAGGUAUCUUGGACAAAUCAAUUUUACUCUGAAUUUUAAACUAGUAGUUAGGGGUAAAGGGAAAUGUCUCCAAUUUUUAAGAUAUAGUAGUCUGUGUUUGAUUAUAUGAGCCAUUUCUUACCAAAGUAUAUAGACAUUAAAGCCUCUGUGGGCUUAUGCACAUUUGUACCAGUUUGUUUGUUGCCCGGGAUACAUUUUUACUCUCCUACCUGACACAUAUGACUCCAGAUUUAACCAAAGAUAAUGUAUUUUGAUCAACUUUUUGACAGUUGUGAAAGGGAUUGUUUGUGUCUGUCAUUCAAUGUUUUUGUUUUCUCAUUUUUUGUAUUCAA